AUCGUUUGGUCUUCGACCGUGCAUUGUGUGUGGCUGAUAGCAAAAGCUCCAUUACUUGCUCUAACUAUCAACUGCUCACUUUCUACAAAAGUGCGAAACUAAACCCCAGACUUCAAAAUGCGUGAAUGUAUCUCAAUCCACGUUGGCCAGGCUGGAGUCCAGAUUGGAAAUGCCUGUUGGGAAUUGUACUGCCUGGAACAUGGCAUUCAGCCUGAUGGUCAGAUGCCAUCAGACAAAACUAUUGGAGGUGGUGAUGACAGUUUCAAUACUUUCUUCAGUGAAACUGGUGCUGGAAAGCACGUGCCCAGAGCUGUUUUCAUUGACUUAGAGCCUACAGUAGUCGAUGAGGUUCGUACUGGCACUUAUCGUCAGCUCUUCCACCCCGAGCAACUGAUCACAGGCAAAGAGGAUGCUGCGAACAAUUAUGCUCGCGGUCAUUACACGAUUGGCAAGGAGAUCGUUGACCUUGUCUUGGACCGCAUCCGUAAACUCGCAGAUCAAUGUACUGGACUCCAAGGUUUCCUCAUCUUCCACUCGUUUGGAGGUGGCACUGGAUCCGGCUUCACAUCUCUCUUGAUGGAACGUCUGUCAGUGGAUUAUGGAAAGAAGUCGAAACUGGAGUUUGCGAUCUACCCGGCUCCGCAAGUCUCCACUGCAGUGGUCGAACCUUACAACUCGAUUCUCACAACCCACACUACCUUGGAACAUUCCGACUGUGCAUUUAUGGUCGACAACGAGGCUAUCUACGAUAUCUGUCGGCGAAACUUGGACAUCGAAAGACCGACGUACACGAAUUUGAACAGAUUGAUCGGUCAGAUCGUAUCUUCGAUCACUGCCUCGCUUCGCUUCGACGGCGCUCUCAACGUAGAUCUUACGGAGUUCCAGACUAACUUGGUACCAUACCCCAGAAUUCAUUUCCCGCUGGUCACUUACGCCCCAGUAAUCUCUGCGGAGAAGGCUUACCACGAACAGCUCUCAGUUGCGGAGAUCACGAACGCUUGCUUCGAGCCGGCCAACCAGAUGGUGAAGUGCGAUCCUCGUCACGGAAAGUACAUGGCCUGUUGCAUGCUCUACAGAGGCGACGUUGUGCCCAAGGAUGUCAACGCAGCUAUCGCUACAAUUAAAACUAAGCGCACCAUUCAAUUCGUCGACUGGUGCCCGACCGGUUUUAAAGUUGGCAUCAACUAUCAGCCACCCACCGUAGUACCGGGUGGCGAUCUUGCCAAGGUACAACGAGCCGUCUGCAUGUUGUCCAACACCACUGCUAUCGCAGAGGCUUGGGCCCGCCUCGACCACAAGUUCGAUUUAAUGUACGCCAAGAGAGCGUUCGUACAUUGGUAUGUCGGUGAGGGUAUGGAGGAGGGUGAGUUCUCCGAGGCCCGCGAGGAUCUUGCCGCCCUCGAGAAGGACUACGAGGAGGUCGGUAUGGAUUCCGCAGAAGGUGAAGGAGAAGGAGCCGAAGAAUACUAAAUUCACCGUCGCCGAGAUUUUUCAAUGACGUACAAUUCGAAAUAAACGAAUUGAUUUGCAA